CGUAACUGCGUAAGCAAACUAGAAAACCCUAGCUGUAUAUACUACGUGAGUGACUGUGUGUGUUGUGCAUGCAGUUUUUGGAUGAGAUCACGGCAUCACGCACGCAGCGCCUCAUAUCGAACGCAAGCACUGCAUUCGCAAUAAUGUCGCCGUCCCGGGCGAAGCGCAAGGUGGCACAGAUCAGGGAGCAAGCCCUCUCGGCGGCGGUCGGCGACGUGGUCGCGCGGACCAUGUCCGCGGUGGCGGGCAGGUACGACGCGCACGCGAGCGUGGACGACCAGCUGGAGCGCCUCGCCACGCUGCUCGUCAUGGUGCACAGCGCCGUGGACGAGGCCGAGCGCGUGCACGUCGCCAACUGGUGGCUCCGCCGCUGGCUGUGGAGGCUCCGCUACGCCGCGCUGGACGGCGACGAGGUGCUGCUGUCCAUGAGGCAGCAGCGAGCGGCCGAGGCGGCGGAGGCGACCGCGAUGACCCAGAGUGCGGGCGGCAGGCUCUGGAACGCCGCGACGCGCGUCGUCGUCCGGUCCGCGAAGAGCCUGCUCGUGUCGUCCAGGAGCGGAGGCAGGGGCGGAGGGCCCAAUAUGGCUCAGUAUUGCUUGAGCAAUACCUUGGGCUGGCCCACUAAGAGAGUAGGUCAUCCGUCUCAGCCUCCACCGUAAGCGCCGUCCCCACGUCCCGCACUCCCGCCGGCCGCAGUCCCGCUCCUGCCGGCGCGCUGCAGCAGCUCGGCUGCUCGCGGUCGCAGGCCGCAGCUUGUCCCGCCCGGCGCGGCGGCGCCCAGGCUGAGGCUGCUCGCGCGACAUUCCUGCUAGGAUCCGAACUAGGAUCGAGGUGGCCGUGCUCAACUUCCUCGCCGCGCUAGCCUCCCCUUCCUUGCCGGCCAUCUCCGUCCUCCCCCUGGUACACCAGUUGCCAAACCUACCCCCUCCCCCUCUCUCACACACAUUCCUCUCUUACCGCGGUGAUGGUUCUGCGCGCUUCACCCAUGAGCCAUGUGGAUAACGCAGGAAUUUGGUCCCUAGCCAAUUAUCACGAUUCGUCAUCAGUUAUUGCAAGCUGUAUGAUUUCUAGUUCAGAUAACCUUGGUGAAAUGUAUUGCGAGCAGUAUGGUUAGCACUGAACAACCCAGUGUGUUACAGUAUUAGUCGGAGCUCUGCCAAUUGCAGUCAGCACAGUGGGUUGCUAAACGACGCCUCGUCGAUUUAUCUCUCACACACCUUCUGCAAGAGGUCACUGACACAAUUUUUAUCUCUCAACUGAAGCAACACCUAACUUUUUUGGCGUCCUCCGCCACUGAGCGGAGGCGACGUGGAUCGGUUGAGGCGCACGGUGGAGAGGUUGGAGCAGGCUUGCGCCGGGCUAGGCGACUUCCUCAAGCUGCUCGAGCUGGAUAUCAUGAGGUCGCAGGCGCCGCCGCCGGCGGCGGCUGCGGCUGCUGCUGCUGCUCCAGAAACACGCGGCUGCAGCCACGACGGCGACCCAGUGGAGGAUUUCGUCUCCGACACCAGCAGCCAGCCGGACACAAGCCUCGACGACGGAUCAGAAUCCGAGCAUGACGAUGACCUGAGUACCUGACCUACAUUUUGCGCGAGCACAUUUCGAAGCGGACUACAUUGGCUGCACGGCAGCGAUCGGCCUGCAGAUCGUGACGCGAAAGAUCCAGCGAGCGGCGGGCAAGUUGAGGACGAUGCCGCCAGCCCCUGUGCCUGGCACUGACAUUAACAUCGGUGAUUGCCCGGCACCAGAACCUGCAGACACGGCCUGGCUGCGCGGGAUGGUGGCCGACAUCCGCGAGGCCGUAAGACUCGGCGACAGGACGGAGGUCAACGCCGAGCGCAGGUGGCUGGCGGAGUGGCGCCGCGAGCUGCAGGCUGUGGCGGACAGAGCUGACCGCGUGCUGCUUGCGUCGCCGUCACCUGUGGCAUCCCUGGGUGCUGGAGGAGACGAUGAGGUGGCGAGGAUGGUGCGGAGUUUGGAAACAGCGGCAGCACACCUGAGGGCCUACGUCACGCUGCUCAGGUUUGCUGUCGUGGUUGUUGAAAGUAGAUAGGAUUUUACUAGUGCUAAGAAUUUUUUAAGUUUGCUAGCUGCCAACAUACUCUGCGUUACAAUGGGAUAUAAAAUUUUGUUUUAUGAUGUUUACACCGUUAAUAAUAAGCUAGCAAUUUAUGUUGGAUCCUUA